GAUGGCAGGGAAUGGUUAAAAAAAAAUGUCGCAAAAGAACGAAAACCAAAUGAUGUGACGAUUUUACACAAUAAUAGUAUUAGAAACUGGAAUAAACGAGUGAAUUUUAUUAACAAUACUAUCAAUAAUAAUAACAGUGAAUAAAUAUUUAAUUUAAGAGCUUUUAUUAAAGUUUACUUUAAACAGAUGAUGCAGAUAUAGAGAAAAAUUUUUUAAUGGUGGUGAAAGAUCAAUUGAGGAAAGUACCGUACUAUACAUCGUCGAAUUUAGAGUAAGAAUAAAGGUUAAAAAUGUCGUUAUUUAAUAAGCCGAAGAGAAAUAUUCGUCGGCGAUCUUUCAAUGAAGAGUAUGAAGACAAUGAAAACAGAAUGGAGUGUGAUGAUGUCCAACCUGUGGUUAAAUCUAAGCCCAAGAAGAAGGAAAAACCCAAACAAACGCUCCUGAGUUUCGGAGAGGAGCUCGAUGAAGCUGAUGACGGGGAGGUUUUUAAGGUGAAGAAGUCAUCGAGGAGCAAAAAACUGAUGAAACAACUUGAUCACGAAAGGAGAAAAAAGAAAGGUGAAGAGAAAAUGCAAGUGGACUCUGAGCAAGCAAACGUGUCUAUUAAAUGCGACAAUGAUUUAGAAAUAAAGACAGAUGAUCUAGUAGUUAAAAUUAAAAAUUCUGGACCACUAAUUCUUAAUGGACGAGCUGCACUAGUGGCUGGAAAGGACGAUUAUUCUUCGGAUGAAGAAGAUGAUUCAGCGGCGCAUAAAUUUAGAAAAAAUUUUACCAAAACUGACCCCAUGAAAUUAUUUUUAGAAAGUGGAUGCAUUCCUGACGCUGCUAUGAUACACGCUGCUAGAAAAAAACGACAAAAAGCUAGAGAAUUAGGAACUGAUUUUAUACCUGUCGAAGAAGUACAAACUGAAGAAAAAGGAAAGUCAAGGCUAAUACGCGAAGAAGAUCACGAUCGUAGUGACGAUGAUGAGUCGCACGAGCGAAUGGAUAUGACAGUUAAUAUAGAAGCUCGUGAUAAAGAGAAGCGAAGAGAAGCAUUUUUAGCAUCACAAGUUCCCAUAAAACGUUUGUCUCUUAAUUACAAUCGUAAUGUUGAUUUUAAUUUAAAAUAUGCUAUGCAUAAUCUUGCAGUGUCCGACGACGAGAGCGAGCAUGGUAAUGAAGAGGAAGAGUGGGAAGCUCAACAAAUACGUAAAGGAGUUACUGGCGCUCAAAUUGCAGCUGCUCAACAGGAUUCUCUUAUGCAACAACAGUAUUCAAUGGGUCUAAAUAAUCAAUAUGUAACAGGUACAGGAGUGCAUUUAGAAAUGGGUAUGAUGCCAGUAGCUCCUCCACCACCAUGUAUUCAACCGCCAGAUCCUGAAAAAAUGGUUCCUGUGUCUCCUGAAGAAAUUCGUGAAAAAAUGCACUCAAGAGUCUCGAGUUUAAAACAAGUACGUCAUAAGCACCAGCAGGAUCAAGUGCAAUUGAAAGAAGAACUGCUGCAGUCGUUGAAGGAAUUAGAAGAGGGUGAAAUUCGUGCGCCUCAGCUAGCUCAACGCUUCAAAUAUUACCAAGAGUUGCGUGGGUAUGUCACUGACUUGGUAGAGUGUCUUGAUGAGAAGCUGCCAAUGGUUACAGGAUUGGAACAACGAUGGCUGGACUUGUACGGUGAACGUUCUACUGAUCUUAUGGAACGACGUCGUCAGGAUACACGCGAUCAAACAGAAGAAAUCACGUCUGCUUCAAGAGGGCAAGCUAUGAGGCGAGGUCCAGAAGAUGAUGCGCGAAUUCGGCGAGCGACAGAACGCGAAGGUCGACGAGCACGACGGCGAAGAGCUCGUGAGCUGAUGCAAAAUGUUCCUAAGCACAAUGACGGUAUGUCAAGUGAUGACGAAGUUACUGAGCAGCAAAAUCUAGCUUUUAAGCAGGCAAAAGAGGAAAUUGAUGAAGAGAGUAGAGAUAUUUUUUCUGAUGUCAUGGAUGAUUUUUGCACCGUUCGAGGUAUUUUAGCUAAGCUAGAAUCCUGGAGAGAAACAGACAUGGAGGCUUACACAGAAGCUUAUGUUUCAUUAUGUAUUCCUAAAAUAAUUUCACCGAUAGUAAGAUUACAACUUAUCACAUGGAAUCCAUUAAUGGAAAGUACUGAUCUAGAACGUACCAAGUGGUAUAAUGGAUUACUAUUAUACGGAUUAGAUAAAAAAGAAACAGAAGAAUCACUCAGGCGUGAUCCUGAUGUGAGAUUAAUACCACUCGCUAUUGAAAAAAUAGUAAUUCCUAAACUAACUUCCAUUGUGGAAAAAAUAUGGGACCCAAUGUCUACAUCACAGACUCUGCGGCUUGUUGGUACCGUCCGUCGUCUUAUCAUCGAUUAUCCUAAUCUCAAUGAGAAAAGUAAACAGCUUCAGCUGCUUUUCACCGCUAUCUUAGAGAAAAUAAAAUCUGCCAUUGACAAUGAUGUAUUUAUGCCUAUUUUCCCAAAAAUUUUAGAUCCGAAGCAUCCAUUUUUCCAACGACAAUUCACUAUGGCAGUAAAAUUAUUACGGAAUAUUUUAAGUUGGCAAGGAUUGCUUGGAGAUAAUCAAUUGAAAUCUUUAGCGAUUACUUCACUACUUAACCGAUAUUUAUUAGCAGGCUUAAGAUUUUCUCUUCCGGUAGACGCAUUACAUAAAGCUAAUAUGAUUAUGACAACAAUACCACGAGCGUGGCUUCAUGGAAGUGCUGUUCAAGAUUUAAAUAUGUUUGCGACUCUUAUUAAUCAACUGAGUGAUAAACUAGAUCAAGCAAAUCCAGCUCAUCACGAAGCGUGGGAGUACUCUCAAUCAAUUUUACGGUCCAUAAAAUCAUUAUAAAUGUCGAUAAUUCAUAGGCUGCUAAAGAUAUCGUAGAUAUAUUUAAAAAGGAUCUAAUUAAAUAAGACAAAAAAUAAUAUGAAAUGCUUUGUACAUUCUAAUUAUUGGAUAUUUAAAAAAUAAAAUUUGACUGUUUUAAAAUAA